GUCCCCUCUCUGCUCACUCACUCGCAGCCCGAACACUGGAGGAGCAAAGCUCAGCAUCUUCUCACUCAGCAUCCUCUAGUCCACGCCAACAACUGCAGUCAUGAAUGUAGGGAUCUGUGUGUGUGUUGUCCUGGCUGCUUUGUCCAGUGGUUCCCUGAGUUUGCCCUCACAGUUCAUGAGAGCUGAGGGUGAGGCUCCCGUGUCAGACAGUCUGCUGCCUCCCCCCUCCCCCCACCACACACGGCAGGCCCGCUCGGCUCCAGUGCUCCCCUCAGGGCACCUAGCCAACUACAACCAACCCCAGGAGGACGAAGACGCUCGGAACAGCCUGAGCCAGCUACUGGCCAGACUCAUCUCCAGUAAAAGCUCUCCCUACCACACCAGGUCCUCCGUCAGCAGCAGAGCUAGCGGUCUAGCCCCCGGCCACAGGAUAAAGGACAGAGAUUACCUCGGCUGGAUGGACUUUGGUCGACGCAGCGCAGAGGAGUAUGAAUACACCUCCUAAAGGCAUGGCUUGCUUUCGCCAAAACCUAAAUUACAACCCCCCAUCACCGCCUAUUAAAGCCCCUAAAAAUAAUGAGCCCUUUUCACACUGCACUAACUGUAACCAAGAGCUGACUUGACUGUAUUCUAGAAUGAGUUUAGCAUCAUAAUAUAAGAAGAGAGAAGGAAAAUAUUUCAAAGGGCAUACCCUGCAAUCUGUGGACGCUGAAUCUCCAUGCUCAAGUUAAGAGCACUUUCCAAAACGCUCCCCGAACACUAUGUCAAAAUUGUAUAUACUGUAUAUGCACAAAUGUUGAAUGAAAAUAUUCUAUAUGUUGUUGUCAGGAAAUUCUGUGAAAAAAAUAAAAACCAACCACUCAAACAGGAGAAAACACACAGUGCAGCAGCGUGACUCAUUGAUAGGUUUUUAUAGUUUUUGGCCAACAAUGGAGGUCUAUGGUUGGAGGUUGGAGUUUGGUAUUGGUGUUUUCAUAGGAUUUGUUGACAAUAAGAAAAAUAUAGAAUAGCUUUUACAACAGCUCAGUAGACUGGCUCUUUGGGUCUCUGGGGUUUGACUUUAAACAUCAGUAUCAGAAAGGAGUUUAUUGCCACAGAAGUGACCCUGUGGAAUUUGCCUUGGUGAUUGGUGCAUGCAUCCACAAACAAACAUAUUAAACAUUACUAAGAAUAAACAAUAAAUACAGAAACAGAGACAAAUAUAUACAAAACAGCUGUUUAAGUAGUUGUAUGGUAAAAGACUAUCACAUGGAACUUGUUCCUUUAGAUAUCAAUUCAAGCCACUUUUCACCCAAAGUAUUGUUAACGGGUCUCAUUUAGUUGACAGUUCAGAAUGUAUCAAAGGCCUUAUAUUGGAAUUUAACGAGCCACUUAGGUGUCUUUGGAAAAUUGGACCAAAAGUGGAAUUUAAGUCUGGAGCUUUGAUUUGUACCUUAAUGCAGCCCAGAGCUUCAAUUCACUUCAACUUUACACAAGUGCACCAGAAAAAAGUGUGACACAUUACAUUACUUUAGGCCUACCUGUAUGGAGUCAGUAAGGUUGUCUCUAAAUUGGAAGAAAAGGGGCUUAAACAGCACCAACCCUGCCUGCUGAAGGUAACCCUGGGCUAAAAAUGUGCAGUGUGAAAAGCACAAGAUACAUCUCAGAAAGCACAAGGUGUUGUCUACUGUAUAUAUAAGAUCAUUGGGAGGAUCCCUAUUAUUGCAUAAUGGACCUCAGUGGAGGAAAUCGUAAUAAAAAGUACUGUAGAUAUGAACAGAAGAGUGUUUUGUUUUUAAUGAAAGAUUAUGUAUGUAUGCACUCUUGAAGGUUAAGUCUCUGUGAUGAAUAAUAUGUUUCUACCAACUUUCAGAUUCAAUCAAAUUCAAAAUAAAGCUCCAUUUUUCAAGCACAGUUGGUGGCCUUUCAUCAAGCCUCUGCCUGCCAUGUCUGUCUAUUGGUUUCCUUCCACACAGCAUUGGGCGUAACUCACCAGGGCUUCCUGGACUACAUGAAAGCCAGGACAUUAUCAUUAGUGUCUACUGUUUACAUAAAUCAGGCUUUCCUAGGAUUAGCACUUGGAAUAAUGAGCUAGGUUUCUGAACAGGGUAUUAAAUUAAUAUAAUCCUGUCUUAGAAGUGGCUCUGAAUCACAUCUUAAAUUUUAAUUAUUUCCGUUAUAUAAGUUAAAAAAAUAUUGAACAGAAGCUGCUGUAAAGAGCAGCUGUCCUCAUGGGAAAUGAAACUAAGUUUUAAUACAAAACAGAAAGUGAGGGAACACCUGCAUCAGAUUUAAAUCCAAUGCUAAAGAGGAGCAAAGACCCAAAUGUUCAAAGUGAGGGCUUCUCUGCCACACAGCUGAACAUAAAGCUGCUGCACCCCCUUUGUAGAAAAAAUGUAAUAAAAUCAAGCUUUUAGUUUUGCGAAAACAACAGAAAAUAGAUGAUCAUGUAUCAGAUGUAAAUUUGUUUGUAACACAGAUAUGAAGCAGUAUAAGUGUAUGUGUAUAUCAUUUUUGAUUAUGGUUUUAUUUGUUCAAAGUAAAGCAAAGACAGAUCUUGAUGUAUCAAUUGUUCUGGCUGGGGAUUGAUGUACUAUAUUGAUUUAUGAAUAAAACUCAACUGCCUUCAAA